UUUCCAGUGUUACCGCGGGAGAGCUCCGGAGCGGCCGCUAGUCGCAUGCUCCCGAAACCAUUCCGCGUAAACCGUGUCUACACUACACACGCUAACUCCGAUGUUCGUGAAAAUCCUCGGUUUUAAGAUUUAAAGUUUUCUAAAAUAAGUUUGAAAGUGAGAGCGCUGUUUGCAGCGAUGGCUUCGAUGAGUGCAUAAUCGCGCGCUGCAUCGGAUUGAGGAUGACUCGUGGUUCCACAUCACCGCCUCUCCGAAUGCUGGAGCGGUUCGCCAACAGCACGCCAGCACCGACCAGCACCACGCCUGCUAACAAUGUGGCGCCACCGGUCCCCAAGCCCAGUGCCAACAACAAGAGGCCCACGCCCAUCAUUAUAUAUCCCACGGUGACGCCGGAAUCGAUAGUAGUGCCGAUUGUAUCGUGCAUAUUCGGCUUUCCAUUGUUAGCGCUCACCGUUAUCUGCUGUUUGCGAAGGAGGGCCAAAAUGGCGAGGGAACGUGCGAGACGGCGGAAUUGUGAGCUCGACCGUGGAGAACUAUCGGUGGUGAAGAUGUCGCCAGUGAAGACCAAGCCUCGAGCCGUCAGCCUCAUUCGGUCACCAAGACCUCCUCCUACUUUGGAACUUGACACCGUGCUAGAAGAACGAUCAGACCCUGAACAGACCACGCUCUCACAAGUGGAGAUCACGCCAGACCGCGAAGUGGGCACGAUAUUGUUCGGCGCGGUUGGUGCUAUGGGCACGGCAGCGGCGGCGGCGGUGUGCAACCGGGACAGCUAGCGACGUGGCUCGGUGCAGCCCGGGGCGCGCUCGCCGCUCUGGGCCGCACUCACCAGCCAGCCGCUCGACGAAGACGAUGCUGAUGACGAUGAAACGGCUGGAGAGGACAGCUAGCAAUUGGACGAGCGCUCCAUUGUCGAUAUCGGCGAGCGCAUGAAACUAUUCCUGGACAUACCACUUAGAUUCUGAACCAAUGAUCGUAUUGUGUACCAAUUAAAACAUUAUUGUAGUUCAUUGAAUUUUAAACAGUUAAUCGAUUGUUAUCUGAUUUCUAAACGUGCAAAUAGAUUCUCAACAGGAAAUCCGUCUAAUCGAUUCUAUUAAGAUUCAUUAUUUUAUCUGCAUGUUUUUUGAUUAUCGAUUUCUCUUACAAUACUUACGUUGUGUAUUCAAUUGUUGAUAUGUUGCAAGUUAGAUUGAAUAUGUGCUGGUCACAUCUGCCCUAGAAAACAGCUGGACAUUGUAUAAGUUUUAGCAUAAGCCGAGUUGGCACUAUGAAGUGUUAUAUCGUCCCAACUUAGCCGUAAGGAGACAAACUGGUAACUAAACUAAGGCACAAUUAGUAUCUUAGUCUUAAAAAGGCCUACGUAGGUUAUGAGCAUCAAUUAGUAACCAUUAAUGACGAGUCUGAAUCAUUGUCGUAAGCUCUUUAGAGCUAAAAUUCAUUAGGUACGCCAAAUGUCUGCCCUAGAAAUCACCAAGAAAAUUAUUAUAAUAAUUCAAGUCAAUUUGGAAAUGUCUAGAAAUUAUUUCUCGUGCUUUUCAUGUUUUCGUUUUAAUGGCAAAUAAUUAAAGUACCUAGUGCAAAGUUUUCAGCGAAUGUUGUGCCUAAAUGGCUCGUUAAUACUUUUGAAGUCUAGUCACUGUUACAGCUCUGCUGAAAGUACUCCAACUCGGAGUCAUUGAAAUUAUGUUACUUAUUACUUGUUAUAUAAAAAGUUUUGUCAUGAUAAUAAAUACUAAAAUAUUGUACAUAAUGUACCUAAUAUGGUACACCGAUGUAAAUAAAGUCACGCACUUUUUCUUUGAUAUUGCACAAAGCUGUAUAGGCUUGGAUACCCCGUGCAUAGCACAAUAUCAUAUACCUUACUAAUAGAAGUUAGGUAGGUAGGUACUCAAGCCCUAGCCUAUAGUAAUGUAUACCUAAUGUAAAUAGAAUGAUGAAUUUAAUAACAGAAACUUAGCUUAAAACUAGCUAGUGUUAAAGCUAUACCUAAAGAGAUUGGUAAGAUCUCUUAGGAAAUUUAGACGAAAGUGAGAAAAUGUAUCAAACAAGAACAGUAAAUAUAUGGAUUUAAGUAAGACGACGUUUGACAAGACCAAUUGUAAAUUCAACCAAAACCUUAGCUAAAUAUAAAAAUACCUAGUACGUAAUACGAUUAGUAUGCGAUUUACAUUUUGUGUAAAUUAACGAAAACCGAAUUUUUAUUCGUAGUUUCAGCUUUGUAGCCGAUGUAAAUAAACCCGGUAGGAGAUGCAAUAAAUUAAAUACCAGAACAUUUGACUCGUACUUUACACGCCCCACGCGAACCGGAGUUGCGUUAAAUAAAUACUUUUUUACUGAACCGACUGUUACACGGACGAGUAACCAUUUCGUUAACGCACCUAUAAAUACUUGGCACUCCUGAAAACAUUAUGUUGAUUAAAAACAAACCGACCUAAACCUCAUUAACAGUCAAUUUAAUCAUCAAAUUGGAUCUCAUUCUGCUAAUACAACUAAACCUACGAUUUCGUACUAAGGUUGAAUAUUCCUCUACUAGGUAAUUAGACAAACGCGUUAAUCUAUUAAUUCGUUGAAUUGUCUUAAUUGAAGCCACUUGGAUGCCAUUGUAUUGCGUAAUUAGCUUACAAGCCUAUUAUUUUAGAAUCUCUAAUUUAACCCUUCCUCUGCCACAUUAAAAACAUUAAAUUGUUACUUACCUAAUAAAAUGUCGCUGAUAUCAUUUAGGUCUCGUUUAGCGUCCCUGCACGAAAGCUACGGCGCCGCUGUAAAUAAUAUGUUUCAGUGUUAACGUAACAGGCUAAUUGCCGUCACAUUGUAAACACGCCAUGAAGUAUUAAAAGCAUCAAAAUUUUAUGUGACGUAAGAGGAGGGUUAAUUAGGAGAAAAAGGGUUAUAAAGUGUACCGUACCGUGUGUUUUCACAGCAAUUUGCUUUUUCAUCCAUCAACAAUUUUACAACUGAAACAGCUGUUACUUACGUUAAAAAUCCAAUCUGUGAAAAAAUAAAUGUACGAGUAUAUUCGAAACAAUUCAAACGAAUGUAAGUAUGUCAAUAGAUGAAUAAAACUUUGUGUUUUUCUG